AUUUAGAUGAAAAAAAAAGAAUGUGUAAAAGUGGUUGUAAGAGCGAGACCAUUAUCAAGUAAAGAAGUAAGGAAAAUAAAUUAUAUUAAGAUAGAGGAAGGGAGAAGAAGAAUAAUAGAUGUUGAUACAACUAGAAAGGAAAUAAUAAUUUAAAAUAUAAAAGGAGAUGGUAAUGAAUCAUAAAGAACAUUUGUUUUUGAUGAAGUAUUUGAUAUGAAUUCUCAAUAAGAGUAAGUCUAUAAUAAUACAGCUUUACCUAUAGUUGAAAGUGUAAUGGAUGGGUAAAUGAGAAAUAUAUAAUAAUAGUUAUAAUGGAACAGUAUUUGCUUAUGGUUAAACUGGUACAGGUAAAACACAUACGAUGGAAGGUAAGAAUGAUCCGCCUCAUGAAAGAGGUAUAACUCCAAGAACUUUUGAUCAUAUUAUAAAAGUAAUUGAAGGGACACCAAAUAUUCAAUUCUUAGUUAGAUGUUCUUAUUUAGAAUUGUAUAAUGAAGAAAUUAGAGAUUUAUUAAGUCCGAAUCAUCUUUCGAAAUUAGAAUUAAGAGAGAAACCUGAAUGUGGUAUUUUUGUUAAGGAUUUGUCUAAAAUAGUUGUAAAAUCUGUGGUUGAAUUAAAUGAAUGGUUAAAAGCAGGAAGAGCCAAUAGAAAGGUAGGUGAAACUAAAAUGAAUUAAGAAUCUUCUAGAUCUCAUUCAAUAUUUACACUUACAAUUGAAUCUAGUGAAUUAGAUGUAGAUUAAUAGUAACAUAUUAAAUCAGGAAAAUUAAAUCUGGUUGAUUUAGCUGGUAGUGAAAGAUAAUCUAAAACAUAAGCAGUUGGAGUAAGAUUUGAAGAAGCUAUUAAUAUAAAUUUAAGUUUAACUACACUUGGUAAUGUUAUAACAGCAUUGGUUGAUGGAAAAAGUUAACAUAUUCCUUAUAGAGAUUCUAAACUAACUCGUUUAUUAUAAGAUUCUUUAGGAGGUAAUACUAAAACAGUUAUGGUUGCUAAUAUUGGUCCAGCUGAUUAUAAUUUUGAUGAAACUAUGUCUACUUUAAGAUAUGCAAGUAGAGCUAAGAAAAUUCAAAAUAAUCCAAAAAUUAAUGAAGAUCCAAAAGAUACUAUGAUAAGAGAAUUUUAAGAAUAAAUUAAUAAAUUAAAAGAUUAAUUAGCAAGAAAAGCGGGUGGUGUUGUAGGACCAAAUGGAUAGAUUUAAAAAAUUAAAGAAGAGGUUAUUGAAGUUGAAGAUGAUGAAGAAUUAACUGAGUUGUAGAAAAAAGCAUAAAAGGAAAAAGCAGAUUUAGAAUAAUAAAUUAUGUAAUAGAGAAGAUAAAGUACUUUAUAAGAAGAAGAAAAAAAAUAAUUAUAAUUAAAAUUAAAAGAAAAAUCAAAAUUAGAACAUAAUCUUAAAAAAGAAUAAGAAAAUAUGCAUAAGAAAUUAUAGGAAUUAUAAGAAUAAUUAUUACAUGGUGAUAAAAUGAAAGAGGAAUCAAGAUAAAAAGAAAAAGAGUUACUUAAAGCAAGAAUGGAAUUAGAAGAGAGAUCAUAAUAAGCUAGAAGAUAAGCAGAAGAAUUAGCAAAAAAAGAAGCUAUGUAAGUUGAAUAAGAAUAAAAAUACAAUUCAACUAAAGAAGAGAUUGAAGCUAAAACUUAAAAAUUAAAUAAUUUAAUUUAAAAAAUUAAAGAAUUAAAAAGUUAAGCAUAAGAAUAAACUUAAUUUAGAUAAAGAUAAAAGGAAGAAUUAAUUGAAGACAAUAGAGAAUCUUUAAGAUAAUUAAAUUUAAUGAAUUUAAUCAUAGAACAUUUUAUACCAGAAGAAGAAGGUAUAUUAUUAUUAUUAUUUAUUCUUUUAAAUAGAAAAAAGAUUGAAAGAUAAAUUAGAAUUCUCAGAAGAAUAAGAUGAUUGGGUUAUUAAAGAAUUUGAAGCAAAUCCUUUAAAAAAACCAGCCUCUGCAUUUUUCUUUAAAAGACCUAUUUGUAAUUUUUAAAAAAUGGCAAUCAGUUUUGGUGAUGCUAAUCCUAGAUAUAGACCAGAAAAUAUUUUAUAGACUGAUUUAGAUCUACCUUAAAGAAUGACUGAAGAUUUCUCUCAUGAACCUUCAUAAAAAAUAUAAGAAGUAUUGAAUGUUGCUUUAAAUGAAGAUGAGGUAAUAACAAUUAUUUAUAUUAAUAUUAGGAAGAACAAUAAAUGAUAUCAAAUGAAAAGUAAGCCAAUGUAUACAUUGAAGAUCCAUCUAUAAUAAAUAAAGAAGCUAUUUUAAAUCCUCCUUCUAAUCCCAAUAAAGUUCGAUUGUAAUCAGCAAUUAAAAAAAAUGCUAGAAGACCAUAAAGUGGGUUUAAAAAAUGAAAAUCUAUUAUAAUGUUA